GUUACUAGUUUUACCGUACCAUAUUUCUAUUCAAGCAGCUUCUGUUCUCUCCCUGAAGGGUUUUUAACUUGAACUGAAGUUCUGAAACUUUGGAAGAAAUGGAGACUUCUCUGAGGUAUGGCGGAGACUCUAAAGCUCUUCGAAUCCAUGCCAAGGAGAAUUUCCCCAUCGCCACCAACAAACACUUCCAGAUGUUACUAACAGGACUUAAAAUCUCAGCAACAAUGCUGAAGAAGGUUCAUGCAGCACUAGAUACAGGAAGUGGAGAUCUGGGUUAUUUUAGUGGGAUUAUUAGAAACUUUUACCCUGAGUUAUCAACUACCCUUGGUGUUGGGUUACGGUAUGAUAAACAGGAUAAAUUCAGAUAUACAGUCCAUGGGAAGACGAAAUUUCCCCUCACAACUAAUGGUCAACUAAGUUUUAACAUCAAGGGGAGAUACGAUGCCCAUAAAGAUUUUCAAGAGAAAAAGUCAAGAGGAGCUGCAGAAUUUAGUUGGAGUAUAUUCAAUUUUCAAAAGGACCAAGAUGUAAGGUUCAAAGUAGGCUACGAAGUCUUCAAUAAGGUCCCAUAUUUGCAGAUAAGGGAAAACAAUUGGACCCUCAAUGCGGAUAUGAAGGGAAAAUGGUAUGUGAGAUUUGACCUGUAAAAGAGAAACCUUCUUUGUUAGCGGUCAGAAAAUCUGUGUUUCUGUUCAGAGGAAGAAUCUAUCCUGAUUGGUAGCAUUUGAUUAAGGUAUAGACUAUAUAUAGACACUUUCAUUUAUCUUGAAGUCUUUACUUUUAAAAUUUGUUAACUUUGAACCUUCCCAUGUUUGAAUGAUGGCAACUCUUGAGAAGGCAUCUCAUCGUCUUGUGACAUGUACCCGAGGGGACGAGCCUGUUUUGCAAGGCCUUCUAAAUUACCAAAAAAAAAACUCUGUUCCAUUUUCACAA